UCCAGCCAGGCAGGCAGUCUCUGGGCUCUCUGCAGUUCCUGGCCACCAUGAGAGGUUCCUGGCUGUGCUUACAGCUGCUGCUGGCCUGGGCCCUGCUUCUUGGGCAACUGGCCUUGGGGUCGGAGGAGGCUGGAGAGGCCGAGGAUGUGGCAGAGCUAGAGGUGCCGCCCGAGCUAGAAAAUGUGCCUGAGCUGGAACCCCUGGAGAACCAGACAGCAGAAGAAGACUAUGUGCCUGAAGAAGCCUGGCAUAUGCAAGACUGGGACUCGGACGAACGGGCCGAGGAAAGGGCGGAAGACAUGAGAAGAUCGUUGACGGAGUACAGCCCAUAUAUGAGUCAUAUGACGGGUUUAUUCAAGCAGCUGGUGAGAAGGUACAUGAAAGAAAAGGAAGGCAAGGACUACAUGCAUUGGGAAGAUGUCAGUAUGAAAGUGAAGAAAGCAAUUGGAAACAUGGUGACGAUCAGGAUGCCUCUGGUCGAAGUCAACUGCACCGAGGAGCCAUGGAUGGACCAUUACAUGAUGCAUUAUUUACCACGUAUGCCCGUAUUUCCAAGACAUUGUGAGGUACCCCCUGAGGCCGAACAGAAGAGAUUGGACUGUACUUUCACCAUCUUCAUGGAUCACAGGAGAUUUGGCGAGGAUGCAGUGGUCAGUCAUCGCUGCUUUCCCCACGGUUUGUGGCACAGGUUUUAUGAGGGCCCUGGCUGGAUGGAUGAGGGCCCUGGCUGGAUGGAUGAGAUCCCUAGCUGGAUAGCUGAAGAUCCUGAGUGGAUGGAACAGGGCCCUGAGGAGAUGGAUCAGGGCCUUGAGGAGACGGAUCAGGGCCCUGAGGAGACGGAUCAGGGCCCUGAGGAGACGGAUCAGGGCCUUGAGGAGACGGAUCAGGGCCUUGAGGAGACGGAUCAGGGCCCUGUGGAGGCGGAUCAGGGCCCUGAGGGGACAGAUGAAGAUUCUGAAUGACGACAUCCAGCAUGAAGGGAAAGAACUCCCCGUUUGGCUUCUUUCCAUUCCGCCAUCGGCAAAAUCUCCCACUAAGGAGACCAUCUAAAUCUUUGAUGGAGAUCACUCUGCUUCAUUUCUUUUCUCUGACACUCCCCUCCCCUCACCCUCGCUCCAUCUCAGCUGCCCUUUGCGUGAAAAGAAAAUGUAAAAAAGGAAAAGGAAAAAGAAAAACAUGGCUUGCUCAAGCA